AUGGCUGCAGAUACGGCCGAAGCGCAGCCGCGUCAAAGCCUCGAAUUUGUCGAGAGCUCUGUGCUGGAAGCGGUCGUUCCUGCAAAGUCUGAAAUCAACAUCAAAACCGCCAUCGAGUCUUGGGAUGGUGCGGGACAUGAUGAUGAUGGGUCCAUUCUACCUUUUCUGGAGCAGCGACAGGUGCUUCUCCUCGAUGAACUACUAGCUGUAUAUGUCGUCUUUCGAACACCGCUGUUGGAGGACUCUACCUUAAAGGGAUAUCUUGAAAGAUUGGUGGUUAAUGUGGAAGCAUUCGCCUUCAGCACUGCUCCCCCACCUGAGCAAGACCCAAAAUCAGGAACCCCAAAGGAGCUCAUUUAUUCUGGUACCAUCAAGCCGUCAGGUGAGCCUAGCAUUGUGUGCCAUGGUGAGGGUGACAAUGCCCAUACCUUUGUCAUCUGGAAGGUUGAUAUAUUCAUUGCCCGACCUCAGGGCAGGUUUCAUAAGCCCGCAGUUUACUUUCAACCCACGGCUUCCUUCAAGCCUGCAGAAAACCCCAAAGAAGAUGCACUGGAAGACGAUUAUCUCCCAAGCCGGGUGCCCGCACCACUGAAUCUACUUCAAUCAUUCGAGAACGACCCUGCUCUCGUAGGAAUUCACCCCCGGCUUUCGGCCAUGCGCAUCAGCAAAGUCACGCCGAGUGCUCCCGUUACAAGAGAAAUGGUCCGCCCUAUCCGGAAUGGCCAAAAGCCUAUAUUCAGGGUGCUCCCACCGCUCAUAUGGAGAGUAAGAUAUUCGAGACUCCAUGCAUCAGUGAAUGAUCUGUCUUUGAUCGCUUCCUUGGACCUAGAAGUCGCCCAGUUCGCUACAUACGAUGUUAGAAUCAAGGAUGUUAGGCUGACAUUACAUGGCGGCAAAACCAAAGAGUUGAGCACGGAACAAGACGCGACAGUUAGCCACAAGCCUGGCGACCAACUGACGUAUCUGUACAAGAUUAUUCCAGAUCUUGCCCCUGACGGAACCCCAUCACUUGGAACUAAGGGUCACUAUCUGAUCCUCAACGUUGAGGCCAAUGUCACCAUGUCUAGCGAUUGCCGGCCGGACAUUGCAAUUGAAUGGAAAACACCCGUCGAUUUUGCAUCUGAACAAACAUCUGGCCAUGCCAAGGCUUUUCACCGUCCCAACAGCUCUAUGAGUCAAAUGACAAACGCAUCUAAUCUGGAUGCUCUUAUUGGGUCCGAUUCUCAAGAUCAGCACGGACAUGCACUCUCGAGUAACGAGGUGAAUGUCACACUUACGAUUUCCGGUCCACCCAGCAUUCAAGUUGGCGAGAUCUUUACGUGGGACGUAUUCAUUGUCAACCGAUCCGAUAAAAUGCGAAGGCUGGCAAUCUUGGUCAUUGUAAAGCGACCAAGGGAUGGCGAGAAGAAGCAUAGAUCACAUCCGUCUACAUCAUCCGUAGGCGGUCCUCGUGUAGAAAGAAGAGAGCUAUUUGCAACAGCUGUCACGGAUGAGAAUGUUGUUUAUGCCAAGCAAAAGAGUACAAGGACAGAGACGGCAGAUUUGAUAUGUUUGACGACAGACAUACGCGUAGGACAACUUUCGCCUGGGUCUUGCUAUACGGCUGAUAUCAAGUUGCUCGCGCUCACUGCAGGUGUAUUGUCGGUCGAGUCCAUACGGGUGGUGGAUCUGGUUACCAACGAAGCUGUAGACAUCCGCGACUUGCCCAGUGUUGUCGCUGUGGCGCCAUGA